UCCUGUCUGCUGUUUUCAGCUUCACUCACAGACUCAAUGGCUUCCAGAUCAGAGGAGGAUCUCUGCUGUCCGGUCUGUCAGGAGGUCUUCAGAGAUCCUGUUAUUCUGUCAUGUAGCCACAGCUUCUGUAAAGACUGUCUGAAGAGAUGGUGGAGAGAGAGAACAACACACGAGUGUCCAGUUUGUAAGAGAAGAUCUUCAAGGUCUGAACCACCUUUAAACCGAGCUUUAAAGAACCUGUGUGAGUCGUUCUUACUGGAGAGAGAUCAGAGAGCUUCAGAGGCUCUCUGCAGUCUGCACUCUGAGAAACUCAAACUCUUCUGUCUGGACCAUCAGCAGCCAGUGUGUCUCGUCUGCAGAGACUCAGAAAAACACACCAAUCACAGAUUCAGACCCAUCGAUGAAGCUGCACAACAACACAAGAAGGAACUUCAGGAAACUCUGGAGCACUUAAAGAAGAAGUUAAAGGUUUGUGAAGAAGUUCAAGUGAAGUUUGAUCAAACAGCAGAACACAUUAAGGUCCAGGCCCGACACACAGAGAGGCAGAUUAAGGAGCAGUUUAAGAAGCUUCACCAGUUUCUAGCAGAGGAAGAGGAGGCCAGGCUGGCUGCACUGAGGGAGGAAGAGGAGCAGAAGAGUGGGAUGAUGAAGGAGAAGAUGGAGGCUCUGAGCAGAGAGAUAGCAGCUCUUUCAGACACAGUCAGAGCCACAGAGGAGGAGCUGAGAGCUGAAGACGUCUCAUUCCUGCACAACUACAAGGCUGCAGUGGAAAGAGUCCAGCGCUGCCCCCUGCUGGAUGAUCCACAGCUGCCCUCAGGAGCUCUGAUAGACCAGGCCAAACACCUGGGCAACCUGACCUUCAACAUCUGGAACAACAUGAAGGACAUGGUCUCCUACACUCCUCUCAUUCUGGACCCAAACACUGCUCAUCCAAUCCUCAUCCUGUCUGAAGAUCUGACCAGUGUGAGAGGAGGAGGAGAGAGGCAGCAGCUUCCUGAUAAUCCAGAGAGUUUUGAUUAUUACUUCUCUGUCCUGGGCUCUGAGGGCUUUAACUCAGGGACUCACAGCUGGGAUGUUGGGGUUGGAGACAGUACAUGGUGGGACCUGGGUGUGUUAGCAGAGUCUGUGCAGAGGAAAGGAUACAUACAGUCUGGAUUAUGGACUAUAUGGUUUGAUGGAAGUAAAUACUCAGCAUGGUCACCAUCAGCUAAAACUGCUCUCUCAGUAGAGAAGAAGCUCCAGAGGAUCAGAGUGAAUCUGGACUGGAACAGAGGAAAGCUGUCGUUCUCUGAUCCUGAUACUAACACACACAUAUACACCUUCACACACACUUUCACUCACAGGAUGUUUCCAUUCAUUCGCACUGUUGAUGAAGUGAAGGUGUGUCCGUUGAAGGUGUCAGUGUCAGUGGAGCAGAUGAGUUGAGGAUGAUGAUGUUUCUAAUGUUGUUUCCUGUCAGUGAAUUGAAGCUGUUAAACUGCAGCUGUCCUCCUGCUGCCUCGUUGUUCCAAAGCUCUUUGUUUCUCUUUUAGUUCUCACUGUUUCUUUCUGUUUCUGCUGUCCACCUUUUCACAUGGAAAAUCAUUUCACUGUUUCUCACUGAAUGACUCCCCAAACUAGAUUUGAAAUUCUAUCAAGUUUCUAAUCAUUACAAGUGAUUCAUGUUUCUAUUUGAUGUGUGUAAAUGGAGAUGAUUUAGUUUGCUGGGAUAUGGACUGACAUGUGUUGAAUGGGAGGAGCAGUUUGUUGUUGUCUUCUUGUCUGUUUAUGACAACAAUAAAUAUAUUGUUGAAACAAUGAUUCAUGUUUAACUCCAUAUAUGAAAUGUUUCUGAUCUUUGAAUUCUGUUUGAUUAAAGACUUUCUUCAUGACACAAAUGAGAUUUCAGUGUAUUAAUAGAACUAAAUAAGCUCAGAGUUGAAAGGCUGGAGUAUUAUGUACGUGCUUCACUGUCAGUAUCUUCAGGGGGAUUCAAAGGGAAACAUCAAACUGCUGUAAUGAGAUAAACUAGUUGGGCUGAACACACUUAUCUGUAGUUUGUCUCCAUCCAGGAUCAUCAGAAUAUAAUGAACAUGUGUGAAGAGCCAAAAAAUGCUGCUCCCC